AUGCUCGACCACUCGGCCUAUCCCGACAUCCUCGACGCCAUCUUUGCUUACGCAGACCUCUGCGCUCUGCUGGCACUGCGCGCCGCAUCGCGCAGCUUUCGGGAUAGGGUCGAUGCCGUUCUAGCUCAGCAUCUCGUCUUCCGUGACAACAGUAUCUCCCCCGUCCACAGCAAAGGAUGGCACCCGGCGUUCAUUUGCCUCGCCUCACAGGUUCCGCUCGGUCAUCUUGACCACUUUCUCGACCGCCUGCAGCUCGUCGCUGCCCACACUCUCACCCUCGACAUCGACGCACGCCCCGACUUCACAGCCUACCCCGCUCUCGUCUCUGGCGAUCUCAGAUUCCCCGCCUUGCGCACUCUCCGCUUGCGCCCUACUUCGCCAGAAUACCAUCUGAAUGCGCUUCCUCUAUCUCAAUCCGCAGACACCGUGAUUGUGCGCACGCCGUGGCCGCCGCACCCCUCACUUGGCUUCCCUAUCUCGGAGCCCGCAAGCCUCGUCUCAUCAGUCAGGCGACUAGUAUACAACGUGGACGCAAGCCAGCCGUUCUUCCCCUUACUGCUACAGCGAGCCCUCACCACGAACGAGCUCGAAGAGCUCGUCGUCAUCUUUCUUUCGCCUGCAUCGCCGAUCAUUGACGGGCGCGACCGCGCGCUUCUCCGAACAAUGAUCACCACGGCUCUUGAAGCCGCCGCCCCAGAUCCAGAUCUCGACGAACGGCGGCCUGUCCGCACCACCUUCGUCAACAUCGCCCAGAUGCCGGCUGACUGCAUCCCCAUCCCGUCCUCUGAAUUCGACGACUACGUCACUGUUGACGUGGACGGCGUCCUCGCCCCGGGCUUCGGCAUGAGGCUUCCCCCCCUCGACUUCCGGACAUGGAAACGCGACGAGCCCAACGGCUUCCACCCUCUCGAGCGAUAUGUGCGCGCGACUCUCGGCCCCGAGCUGGGCAUGGAACUGUACGAUCGGGUGCAGUUCUGCACCAUGGCCGAGUACCGCGCCAGUGUGGGGCCCGAAGCGUUUGCCGCACAAGUUGAGUGGACGGAGCGGUGA